AUGGAGAAGUACCAGAUUUUGGGCCGGCUGAGUCCUGGGGCCUUGGGGGUGAACCUGGUGGUAGAGGAAACAAAAAGCAAAGUAAAGCACGUGAUAAAGCAGGUGGAAUGUAUUGAUGAGCAUCAUGCCAACAAGGCCCUGGAGGAGCUGAUGCCACUGCUGAAGCUCCGGCACGCCCACAUCUCCAUAUACCAGGAGCUGUUCAUCAUGUGGAACAGUAAGAUCUCCUCUCUGUUCCUCUGCCUGGUGAUGGACUAUAACGAUGGAAACUUCCAGGAGAUUAUCCAGAAGAAGAGGGAGACAAGGACAAUCAUUGACUCUGAGUGGAUGCAGAACAUGUUGGGCCAGGUGUUGGACGCUCUGGAAUACCUGCACCAGUUAGACAUCGUCCACAGGAAUCUUAAGCCCUCCAACAUAGUCCUUGUCAGCAGCAACCACUGCAAAUUACAGGACCUGAGCUCCAACACAAUGAUGACAGACAAAGCCAAAUGGAACAUCCGCGCGGAGGAAGACCCUUUCCAGAAGUCCUGGAUGGCCCCCGAAGCCCUUGACUUCUCCUUCAGCCAGAAAGCUGAUAUCUGGUCCCUAGGCUGCAUCAUUCUUGACAUGGCCAGCUGCUCCUUCAUAGAUAGAGCAGAGGGCCUGCUUCUACGGAAGUCCAUCAGGAGCCACCCGGACGGCCUGCAGGGCGUCCUGAAGACCAUGGAGGAGAAGAAGAUCCCCGAUGCGAAAACCUUCGGGUCACUUUUGCCUUUGAUGCUGCAGAUCAACCCCUCAGAUCGAAUAACAAUCAGGGAGGUGAUCCACAUCACCUUCGUGAUCAGCAACUUCCAGUCUUCCAGCAUAGCUGUGACCCUGCACCGGCAGGUGGUGCCCGCCUUCAUCACUGACCUGCUGCUGGACAGCAACAUCGCCAGCAUUUUAGAGGUGAUGCAGAGCUUCUCCAACAGACCUGAAGUCCAGCUCAGAGCCAUGAAGAGGCUCCUAAGAAUGCCUGAGAAUCAGCUAGGCCUGCCGUGGCCCAUGGAGGUGGUGGAGGUGCUGGUCGCCAUCAUGAAGCAGCACGAGAGGAUCCUCGACAUACAGCUGUAUGCCUGCUCCCUGCUGCUGCGCAGCCUGGGUCAAGCACUGGCACAGGACCCGGCAGCCGAGGUGCUGAGCAACAGCUCCGUCAUCUCCGUCCUUCUGAGCAUCACGCAGAGCCACCCCAAUUCAGAGCCGCUCCUUGUCAUGGUCUACAGCCUGCUCACCAUCAUCUCCAGCCAGGAAUCAGCCUCAGAGAAGCUGCAGAAGGCUGGGCUGUUUGAGCAUAUCCUGGAGCACCUGAGCACCUUCCCCACGAAUAGGGACAUGUGCAUCAAUGGCCUGAGCCUGCUCUGGGCCCUGCUGGUGGAUGCUAUCAUUGUGGACAAGACCCCUUUGGAGAAAGCCCCAGCCCUUGUUGCCAAGAUGCUGGCCACCUACCCCAAGGACGUGGAGAUGGCGGAAGCAGGCUGUGCAGUCUUCUGGCUGCUGUCCCUGCUAGGUUGCAUAGAGGAGCACCAGUUUGAAGACGUGGUGGCACUGUUCCUGCAAAGCAUCCAGCUGUGCCAGGACAGAGUCCCAUUGGUAAACAACGCCUACCGGGGACUGGCCAGACUCGCAAAGAUGUCGGAGCUGGCAGCCCUGCACGUGGUAGCAGCAGAGGGCAGUAGCGGCCUCAACCUCAUCAAGGAGACCUAUGAGCUCCACAAGGAUGACCCCGAGGUGGUAGAGAAUGUGUGCAUGCUGCUGGCCCACCUGGCUUCCUACAAGGAGAUCCUGCCUGAGCUGGUGUCCAAUGGGAUCCAGCCUCUGGUCCAGGAGAUCAAGGAGCGCUUUACCUCCAGCCUGGUGAGAUCAGCAGGGACACACAAGCCAGGGCUCCCACCUGCUCCUCAGCCAGAUCCCAGGGGCACUGAAUCCAGUGGCUCAGAAUGAGAGAUUUUGUGUAGCACAGACUCAAAUCUGUAUAUGUGGUUUUUGAUGACUCCUUCCCUAGUAGUGAGUCCAUGUCUCUGACUCUGCCCAAAUGCCCCAAACCUAAAGGGUGGAGACUUUCAGACCUCUCCACUGAAAAGCAGAUCAUCACAAAAAUACCUACUGCUAGGCCCCCAGAGUGUCCACAGCAACAGUGUCUGCUGGUUGUCUCUUCCCAGGAGCUGGUUUCAUAUGCAGAGACGGUGCUCCUCAGCCUAGAGGUCAACACGCCACCAGGCUCCGCGGGAGGAGAGUCAGGCCUGCUGUGAGGCGGCAGGCCCCCCGAAGCCUCCCACCCCCUGCCCC